AUGCGCGCAAAGCCUUCGCAAAUAGCCAAACUUGUCAAGGGGACCAAGGACAAUCAAGGCGGACGUCUCGCCCCAGCUCGCUCCGCCAAAGAAGAUGCUAAAUUUAAAUGUCGCGCUGAUCAAGGCGAAUUUAGAGACGACGGAACGUACAACGUGGUUGUACAGGAGAAUGGUGACCCGCAUGGUGCUCCCAUCGCCAAGACACUUGUCGACCCGAAGGUUGAUACGGGAGAAGAUGUUCUGAAACGCCUGGAGGAUGACUGGGGUAAAGCAAAGUAG